AACUGGCUCAUCAACACUUGGGAGAGUCUGGUCGUACAUUCCCCCAUAGGUGCUGUGGAACGUACCAACCAUUACCUCUGUCAAACACUCACUCUUUCUCAGUUGGAGGUGCUGUACUACCACCACCCAGCAGUGACUCUCUCUCCAUGAUGGCCUCCUAUAGCCCUACCCACAAGGGCUGGUUUGGUGAGAGGGGGGUUCACCAGGGGAUUGGACUGGACAUCCUCUUCAGUGGCAGAGAUUUUGACACAUCUAAUCUGUACUCCCAAAAUGACACUCAACAACUUCAGGAGGCCAAGUCCCAUUAUGCCUGUCCCAGGGCCCCCCAGAGGUCCCUGCAUGGCUGGGGCACAUACAGCCCCCCUCCACAGAGACCCAGGACUGGGAGCAGAGGGGGGACCAACCAGUGUCAGAGCUACCACGCCCAUACCCUGCCCCUGCCCUUGCCCUGCAGAGCACUGCCUGUCUUCAGACCCUGUGUCAGCAGCCCUCAGGGAUAUAACGCUACCACAGUGGACAAACCUCGCAUGCUUAGAGCCACUAUUACAUCCAGCCCCUCGGAUUCCAACCACCCUGUCCAGCACCGGAGCCAGCAACCCAGACCAAACCAGCAGCAGGUCAUUAAGCAGCAGCACCAGAGCCAGCAACCCAGACCAAACCAGCAGCAGGUCAUUAAGCAGCAGCACCAGAGCCAGCAACCCAGACCAAACCAGCAGCAGGUCAUUAAGCAGCAGCACCAGCCAAGUCGCAGUCAAAAGCCUGUCUACCAGCCAAGCUUCAGUCCCACUCCAGUCUAUAGGAGACUCACAACCUGGCAGCACAAGGACAACACCAAUACAGACAACACCAUCAAGACUAACAGCCCUCACAGUAACAGAAUCAAGAGACAGGUGGACAUGACGUCCCAGAACGUGUUGGGUCAGCCGCGUGUCCUGGCCUCUCUGCGCGGCCCGCCCUCUCCACGACAGACCCACAAGACAACUAACCUAGAGGAGGAACUGAGGCUCAUCAUACUGGACACAGAGGACUCAGGGAGGGAUGCAUCCUGCCGUCAUAGCCUCUCUACAGAGAUCAGCCUCGGUAGUGGUCCCCUGGAUUCCAGUCUGGCAUGUUCCCCAGUCUCUGACUGCCCAGAGCUGGAGGGGCUUGAGGAUCUGUCUGCCUCUGAGCUGUCUCUGACAGAGGGCUGGGACCCUGGGCACAUCCCCCUACUGGCCCCUUCCUGGGGCCUGGAGUGGAACAAACUUGUCAAUGCUGCCAAGGCCUAUGAAGCAAAGAGGACAGUGGAGCCUAUUCCUCUCAGCAAGUCCAAGAAGCAUGGAUCAGAGGGUGGACCUGCUGCUUGCCCACCUAAUCAUUACCCUCAUCAGGGCUACAAUGCCCAGCCCACAUUAAGAAGUGAAGUGCCCAGUGAUCUGUCAAGACUUCACCACCUGGAGGCGCUGCUGAGACACUUGGAGAGCAACCUGGAGAAGGAAAGGGAGGAUAAAGUAGCCCUGAUGGAGGAAGUGACGAUUCUGAGAGAGACCAACCAGCGCUUGUGGGAGGAGUCUCUUUCAUCCAACGAACAGCUCCGUAAACUCAGCCUGUUGUUCAACAUGGCCCCAGGAAUGAUGCCUAGAGAGAGAGAAUGACCAGCGACACUAAGAGGAGAUAGAGAUGAUUUGAAAAGAGGAGUAGAGGAAAAAAUGGUUUCAACAAAGAUAGUACCUUGAAACAGAGUUUACAAAUGUAAAUUGUCUUCAAAAUGUGAUCAGAGAAAGAGGAUAGAUCACGGCGAGUUACCAGAGUUUGCUUGUGGAGGUUACUUAUGCUGGGACAGUGACAUGUACAAGCUGGCUAAAUGCUUGAGUUGUUAGCCAGUUCAGCUUUACACAGUUGGUACGUUUUAACUCCAUGACAUUGGAAUAUUUCAGUUGUGUAAUUCAUGUCCUCUCGCCUCUCCUGCUUGUCAAAACCCAUUGGCUGAGAAAACCAGAGGUCCAUCCCCUCUGACCUUCUCCACCAAUGGGUACAAUAAAAUAUUUAAGAAGGCACUGCUGAGAUUUGAACUCAGGAUCUCUUGUUUACUAGACAGGUACUUUAAACCAACUAUGCCACAGCACCCAUAGCUGUAAUUUAUAUUGUGGGUAUGAAAACCCACAACUAUUUUGAAUCAACCCAGUCAUUUUAAUUUAACCCAUAAUUCUGUCUUGCAAAAUUACAUGUCAAAAUAACAGAUGUAAUUUCCUAAUAUUGGAAUCAAUACGGACGCCUUAAAUUGACUAGCAAAAGGGUUUCUUAACUAUGGUUUGGGAACAAAAGUGGGCCCUGAGCAUGUGAGAGGUGUGUCGCGAGUUAUGAGUAAACGUUUAGAAUCAUACCCUAUUUCUUCUUCAUUUGGGUUGUUCGAGGACAGUACAUUUCCCAUUUGGGUCUUGAUUUUAAAAAUCAUAAGAACCUUUGAAAUAGCCGAUUAAUCAAUUUGUGUAAGUCAUUAAGCUACCAUGAGCUAGGGGACUUUAUUAAAAUGGCAGAGUUUCUUAGUUUACACAGUAAGUUUAAACUCAUUCAAAGUAAGGGCCUUUCGCCAUGACAUUCUGUAUAACAAUGCCGUGACCGGGAUUCGAACCAGGGUUUCCGAGGCCACUAUGCAGAGUACUGACCACUAUAAGAUCACAGCGAGCUACAGGAGUUUGCUUAUAGGGGAUAUUUAUGCUGGGAAAGUGACGUGUAAAAACUGGCUAAAUGCUUGAGUUGUUUGCCAGUUCAACUUUACACAGUUGGUACGUUUUAACUCUUUCAAAAAGUGCCCUUUUUCGAUGACAUUGGAAUAUCUCAAUCGCAUAUUCUUCACGUCCUCUCCCCGCUCGCCUCGCCUACUUCUCAAAACUCAUUGGAUGAGAAAACCAGAGAUCCCUCCCCUCUGACCUUCUCCACCAAUGGGUAAAAAGAAAUGCACGAAAAGGCACAGCUGCGAUUUGAACUCAGGAUCUCCUGUUUACUAGACCAGCUAAAUCACAGCCCCCAAGAAUUGGAGAUAAUGUCAUUUCUAUCGCGGGUAUGAAAAUAUGUCUAUUUUGAAUCAAAUCAGUCUUCAUUCAUUUAACCCAUAUCUCUGUCUAGCGAAAUAACAUGUCACAAAACAUAUGUAAUUUUCUAGUAUUGGAAUCGACACGACACCUUGAAUUGACUAUCAACAGGGUUUCUUAAACUAUGCUUUGGUACCCAAAGUGGGCCCCGAGCAUAAGAGUUGAGUCGCAAAUUAUGGGCUUGAGACCUGCUGCUCUGUACCUUGAGAGAUUGCCUGUUCACAUUAUUUCUCGUUUAAUACAUUCUGAUAUGAAAAAUGCUAAGUAAUAACUACCUGAUUGUAUUACCAGCGCUUUGAAUAUACUGCAACCUGAGAUUCCCAAAGUCAAGCGAUAAUAACUUCUAAACGACUACCAUAUAGUUUGAGGGCACAGUGGUCUUGACUUUAGAUGAAAAACUGAGCCGUGCAAUGUGACUUUUAGUGUUGUUUUGUUUAAAGAAUAAUUGUUAUAUUUGUAAUAAUCUAAAAUAACAUAUUGUAUGGUAUCAUUUGAACAUCUUGGACAUGUUCUGUUAUAAUCUCCACCCGGCACAGCCAGAAGAGGACUGGCCACCCCACAGCCUGGUUCCUCUCUAGGUUUCUUCCUAGGUUUUGGCCUUUCUAGGGAGUUUUUCCUAGCCACCGUGCUUCUACACCUGCAUUGCUUGCUGUUUGGGGUUUUAGGCUGUGUUUCUGUACAGCACUUUGAGAUAUCAGCUGAUGUACGAAGGGCUAUAUAAAUAAAUUUGA